AAAUGAUGUGAAAUGUUUUAAUUCGCAGUGUGCCACUUUGCAUUUUUACAGUCUAAAAGGCAGACAAAAUUAAUUAGCUUUUUUUCAAAAUUUGCUAUAUGUAUGUUCUUCACAAGAUCAUAAAGUAAACAGGAAAAGACCAUUUCAUUAUAAAUCACAAUUGUAUGUAUGGUAGCUAAUAAUCAGGUAAAUUCUCAUAGUUGUAACAGGUCUAAUCACCUUAUUAGCUUUCAUUAUCAUAAUGUCAUAACAUUGAAGCUGCUGUGUAGCUUUGGCAAAGGCGUAUAAUGUAGUAGAGCCUCUGUACUGGGCUCUAAUGUUAUGACUGAUUGUAGUAAACUUAAUGUCUUUCACCACAUGCGUGUGACAAAAGGGGAAGUUCCCUGAAUUUGAUAAGUUGAUGAUAAACCUUAACUUUUUCUUGGUAUCUAUGACUCAUCCCAACUUAUUAUGGCUUCAGCAAGAACUCAGUGGAUCAGGCAGUGAUAGCACACUGUUCAUUAAUGUUAGCUGAGCUGAUUUUGAGUGAAUGAAAGCAGUUUAAUCGGUUUCCCCCCAGACUUUUAGAUCAAUACAAUACUUCCUAAUCUAAAUGAAACUGUUCCGCAAAGUGACGUGGUGUCUGAUUGCUGAUACUCUAAAGUGGGUGUUUAUCACGGGACAAGGCAUAGGGACUUUUGCUGCGAGAGGGAGAGGCAGGAAGAGCGUGAUGUCAGAUGUGGAAGAGUACAGGAAACAGAGGGAGGAGGAGGAGGUGAGAGAGGGAGCCUUCCCUUUUCCUGGAAUAGACUUGGUUUCAUUCUGCCUGCCUUUUCUCUCUCAAAGUUUUCAGUAUCAGAGGAGAGGAUGAAGCAGCAUAACUGGACACUGAUUUCUCUCUGAAAGUGAUUGCUGAGGCCAUUCUGAAACAACCUGAAGAACCGUUCUCCUUUGGUGCAAACUAAUUGAAGCCUGUCAAACAUGUACAGUGGAUAUGGAGGGAGCCCCUCCAGAUCAUUGUCCACCAUGUCCCUGUCUGUGCGGCCGACGCGCCGGGUCCUUGCCAGGUCCAUCACUAGGAGUCAGUCCUUUGCCGGAGUCAACUCCCACGACAAGCUUUACAGGGGCCUCUCUGUGUUCCGCACCCCAUCGUGUGCAAGAAAGCCUCCCUCUAGAGGAAGCAGGAUGUUCACCCUCUCUGCCAAGUCACCUCCUCCAAAGGUUCCCCAGCCCGAGAGGCUGGAUGAGGUGUAUGAAGCUCUGAAAAGAGGACUCCAGUCUUAUCUGCAGGUCCAUCAGAUGGAGCUGGACAGUCUGAACCGCCAGAUGAAGGAAUCUAAGAGGAACUCACGCCUGGGAUUUCUUUAUGAACUGGACAAGCAAGUCAAGGUGAUUGAGAGGUUCAUGAGACGACUGGAGUUCCACCUCAGUAAGAUUGACGAGCUGUACGAAGCGUAUUGUAUGCAGCGAAGACUGCGGGAUGGAGCCAAUAAGAUGGUAAAGGCGUACACUGCUUCACCAGGUAGCCGAGAAGCCAGAGAGAGUCUGUCGGAGGCCAACAAGGGCUUCAAAGAAUACACAGAGAACAUGUGCAUGCUGGAGAGUGAGAUUGAAAACCAGCUCGGAGAGUUCCACGUCAGAAUGAAAGGUCUGGCUGGCUUUGCACGCCUCUGUGCUGGAGACCAGUAUGAGAUCUUUAUGAGAUACGGCCGACAGCGCUGGAAGUUGCGGGGUCGGAUUGAGAUCAACGGAAAGCAAGUGUGGGACAGUGAGGAAAUGGUCUUCCUUCCCCUUAUCACAGAGUUCCUUUCAAUAAAGGUGACUGAGCUGAAAAGUCUGGCCAAUCACGUGGUGGUGGGAAAUGUCUCAUGUGAGACCAAAGACCUGUUUGCUGCCCUGCCACAGACUGUGGCUGUGGACAUCAAUGACUUGGGAACCAUCAAACUGAGCCUGGAAGUUACAUGGAAUCCAUUCGACAAAGACGACCAGGCCUCCACAGCCAGCACAGUGACCAAGCCUCCUACAGUGAAUAAACGAUUCUCCACCUAUAGUCCUCCAGACACGCCAUCUCUUCGAGAACAGGCAUUCUAUAACAUGUUGAGGCGGCAGGAGGAGUUGGAGAACGGUACAGCGUGGUCGAACUCUUCUGAAUCCUCAGACGAUUCAUCAAGCCCUCAGCUGUCCCAGGGUCUUCGACAUGCCCAGAAGAAUCUGGUGCAGCCUGAGGUGCAGACCGCUGCUCCUGCCAUUGACAUCUCCUUCGCCCCCCGCCAAUCGUCCACCUCCACUCCCACCCGGCUGGCCAAUCAGAAAGAGGAGGAGGAGGAGGAGCAAGAUGAGGAACUCCAAUCAACUCCAAUGACAGUCACCACGGAGGCUGCUGGGACACAAGCUGUGCCCAAUGGCCAUACCCGUUUCUCUCGUUCCCUGAGUCAUAUCAGUGAGAGCAGUGUGGAUGCUGCCUUGAAUGAGAGGUCUGUCGGGGAAUCACUGGAGCCCAGUGUAGUUGUGGAUGUGGCCCUGAGGGCUGAGCCAUGCUCAGUCAUUCCCGAGCCACAAGUUGACCAACACGUUGUUGAUCUAGUCACUCUGUCAUCGUCCAGCUCUGACACCAUAGCCCCUAUAGCACAGGAGGACUCUGAUUCAGCUGUUAAAUGUGAAGAGCCUACAAAACAUCCCCAAUCUGAUUCCUGCACCAAUAGUGAGGAGGACUCUAACUGUGCCUCUGUUGAUAAUGAGGCCUCAGUGCAGCAUAGUAAUGCUCUAACCCCCAGAACUGGUGACCUAAAACAGACCCAGGACCCACAGGACCUUCCCAAGACUCACACUGUAUCUGUACAGGCUGUGAAGCCUGGGACUGAAGUAGAUUCUUGGCCAGGAGGUAGUGGAAAGAUGGAAGAUACUGUGGCAAAAGACAGCGGCCUGGACGAGGCCCUCAGCGCUCUUCUUUCUUCUCUGGAUGACUACAGGGGUCAGUUUCCAGAGCUGCAGGUGCUGGAGCAAGAGCUCCGCCUGCUGGAGGAGGCACUUACUGGCCGAAGUCGAAGUCGAGCCUCCAGUGUGAGCUUGACGGUCGAAACUGCUCUUGAAAGCUUCAGUUUCCUCAACACAUCAGAUUUGGAAGACGAGGAGGAAGAUUGCGAGAGGCCGAGUGUGACAGACAGCUCUCAGCUAGUAGCAGGUGAGAGUGUGGUAGUGGAUGAGAGUUGUGCACAGAAUUGUUGGGACACUCCCUCUGUUCCUCUCAGCACUGGCCACCAAGAUCUAGAUCAAACUCUGCUCAUCCAUCUACAGAACUGCUCCACCCAGCUACUGAGGCUGGGUACAUUUGGCCCGCUGCGCUGUGGGGAGAUGUACGCUCUGGAUCGGCUGCUCCGGGAGGCUCGGGUAAUGGAGCUCAUUCGUUUGGCUGUCCAGGAUACAGUGAGGAGUGACAACCAACCCGAGGAAGUUGUUCCACAGUUAGAGCAGUGCCAGGGGGCUGUGUUGCUAUGGAGGCGUUGUACGGCUGGCUGUGGUGUGCUCAGCACCUCCACAGAGGCCUUCCUGCAGACUCUGAACAACACUUACACAGGCAGAAUACCAGAAAGAGGAGCCAGCCUUUCAGACACAGUAUUUCUGCGUCUAGUGGAGAAGAUUUUGGAGAAAAAGCUGCCCAGACGAUGUGGAAGUGCAGCUAAAGAGAUUCUUACAGUUUUUCAGUUCUGGAGUUACCUAGAGGCUGAGGGUGUGAGUGAACUGGAGACACACGUCACCGAGCUGGCUGAAGAGGUCUGGCUGGUGCAGUGUCUGCAGUCUGGUGAUCAAGAUGUGCUGCUGAAAGCCCUCAAAAAGCCCCCAGAGUGCAGUCUGAAGCGCGAGGGCCUGCGCGCCGUCAGUUUACUGCUCAGGGACCCACGGGGGAAGGUGUGCAGCAGUGCCAGUUCUCUGUUACGCAGCCUUGCCGAACAGCCACGCCACAGAGAGAGGGCGCUUGUGAGUUGUCUGGAGCUGCUGGAGGAUGAAAGUGUUGAGACCCGCGUGUGUGGCUGCAAAGCACUUGCAUAUCUAAAGGCCAAAGAGAGCAUUGAGCAGCUGGUGUACCUGUGCCGCACAGACAAGGAGGAUGUAAGAGAGGCUGCCAAACAAGCUUUGCUGGUGCUGGGUGAGGAGGGGAAGAUGGCCCAUCGGCAUGUGGAACAGGAUGGAGUCUCUCGACUUUUUGCACCUGGCAGCAUGGCCAGCACUGCAUUUUAAGCACCGACAACCUGCAGAAACUAUAGACCAAUGUCUGAUGUGUAGUUGUAUUAAUGCCAAUGAAGGACUCAUGAUCAAACAUACAUCACACUGUUCAAAAAUUGACCCAAUCCCAUUGUUACAAAGUGACUGCAGACACUUCAAACAAUCAGUGGACACAAGAACAUGUGAAUGAAUCUGAUUGAUAAGCUAGAAAUUAAAUUCAGUUAAAUGAUACAGUGGAAAUGAGAUGAUGAACGGGCAAAGAAGAAAUAGGCUACAAUGAGUGUUUUGCUGCCUUAACACUCAGCCCAGUGGUUUUGCCUUGACAAUUCACAAAGGCUGGGCUCAGAUAAGUGCACGAGUUCAUACUGCAUGCAUGGACACAUUUUUAUUUGGCGUCAUGCUCACUGACAAGAGCAGGGGAAUGGAAAGUGUUACUACUUCAUGUGUUCGUGUGACAGGGGUGCACUUUUUUUAAAUGUGAUGAGCAUAUGCUGAAGCUUGGGUGUCUUCUUAACAUAGUGUGCUAGUGUUCAUGUUUGUCAGGUGUAAGUGGGACAGAGUUCAGGUGGUAAGAGUGAGUGUUUCCAGUGAAGAGUUUCAGCAUAACUGCCAUCAUUCCAUACGGUCACUAUAUAUAUACUUUACUGAUACAGUAAUCUGUGUACAUGUUUUAAUUGUGCGUGUGUGUUUUUUAAACAAACAUGUUUACGCUCAAAAGCAAAUGUAGGCCUGCUUUGAGUGCUAAUGACUCCUGAAACCUUAAUGGUGCACUUCCUGAGAUUUAAAAAGUCAAAGGCAUUGUAUCUGAGGGGAAUAUCUGCUGUAAAAAUAGAGGGGCUAUUUUAUACAUAUAUACAAAUAUUAUUACUAUUAGUAAAAUGGAAAUAAAAUUAUAUGGACUACGAUGGACUUGGCCUAGCCGUAGUAUAGUGCAUGUAUUAUUUAGCCCAGGCCCAUUGCAUACUGAACAAAAAUUCAGAGCGUUCCUCGAGUGCUGCUAGACACAGGUUCAGUGCUGGAAUCUCUUAAUUUACUAAGCUCUUCAACUGAGUUUAUAUUAAGACUUUGGAAGAAGAGAACGCCUCCUCAAUGUACAAGUGCCUCAAAUGACUGGGGAGUGAUUGUGUUAAGAGAAGUAGGCUUUUAUUUAAAGUGAAAAAUAACAGUUGAUGACAAACUGUAAUAUAGAUUUAAUUAUAUUUUUUUCCUUCAAAGAAUUACAGAUUGUGCAGUGUUGAGGUUUUUUUUUUUUAAAUAAAAGUUUACUGUUUGACAAUGAUCUUAUCAUGUGCAAAACAAGACUAUUAAAAUUGAAAAGGAAAAAAUCCUUUUGUGU